CACAGCACAAGCUCCAGCCGGCCACUUACAUAUAACGAGCCACUGCGUACCUAAUUAUUUGGUUAGCUCCUUUCCUCAUCUUGACACAACCACCCCAGCUCUCUCGGCCUGCAGAGAGUGUCUGCAUCGACUCGCACCUCCUCGCCAACACAACUUUCGCUAAAGUCAUGACAUCAAGGAUUUCGAGGCUGGCUCGAAGAAUUCGGGGCCGAAAUGGAGACGCAAGGGACUUACUCUUCAACACAUGCGCAGUGUGCAAGAAUCUGUGCCUGGCGUCAAAGCUCCUCAACGAGGUGGAUUUUUGCAGCCUCGUUCGUAGGACGGGCGAGGAGGCUCUCGGGGACCCCUACCGCAGCGAGACGGUACAUCGAGACAAGCUUCCGGAGUAUUUCGUGGACCGCAUCAACGAUUGCAACCAGUGGAACGAGUUUGAAACGUACGUGUUUGAACAUGCAGAAUUCCCUCAUCAUUUAUCUGCAGCGGCGUUGAAGCAGUCCGCAAGGGACAAGUGCCAUCUCUGCAGUCUCCUGUGGAGCCAUUUCUCUACCGUCCGGUAUGGCAUCUUGGAGCAGGAGGUAGAUGUGGAUGUUGUCAGGAAGAUGGAAGAGUCUCAACAGGCGGCCAUCUCGCUGGUUCGUGCCACGGUGGAGCCCUUAUUUGUCAGGGUCGGCAUCAAGAUUGGCUUCGAGGGCGGAUACAUUGCUAUUGUGCUAUACACUGGCCACCAGGAGGAGAGACUUCCCGAAGUGAGAAGUGCUCUGAAUGUGUGGAUGACGAAAGGCGUUUCUGGUGUGACCAAAGUCCCCCUAGAGGCUAUGAAGGGUGACCUCCCUGCCGAUUGCAACUCGCUGUUUCAAACCAGCACCGCCUCCGAACACACGAUUCACCUCAUCAAAGAAUGGAUGAAAUGCUGCCAGGGUAAGGAGCAUUUCCUGUGCAAGCUCGAAAACGAAGGCCUCAAUGACCUCCCUAAAAGACUACUCGAUGUCAGCCACAAGAAACCCCGGCUGUACUUGCCGAGCAUCAGAGAUAAAGGAAAUCUCAAGUAUCUCUGUCUGAGCCACUGCUGGGGUAAGGGCGGCGUGUUCAAACUCACGGCAGCAACCCUCCCAAUCCUUCAAAGUGGGAUUGAGUUCUCGCAGCUUCCAAAAACGUUCCAAGACGCCGUAGAUAUCACCCGCCGCCUCAACUACUCGUACAUCUGGAUCGACUCGCUAUGCAUACAGCAGGACAGCGCCGAUGACUGGGUUGAUCAGGCCGCCAAGAUGACUUCCAUCUACAUGAACGCCGACUUGACACUGGCUGCCCUCGCGUCCAAAGAUAGUACCGGUGGCAUGUACUCCCACGACCGAAACAUGCAAAACUGUUGGCCAUGCAUCUUGCCCACGAAGCUACCCCUGACGGCAUGGAACGGACGCAUCUGGCCGUUCCACAAUGAGCGCCUAACCACAGCACCGCUCCUAAGCCGAGGCUGGGUGCUCCAGGAGCGCUGUCUCGGGCCGCGCAUCGUCUACUUUGGCAAAUUCGGCGUCUACUGGGAGUGUGCAACCAUGCGUGCCGACGAAGUCUUCACUGCUGGUUUUGCGUCAGACGGAGCUGGGUUCCCUCUGUACAUCAGGAUCACGGACGUCGAUCCCUUUCCCCAUCACAUAUUCGCCAAGUUUCUCGGCUACUGGUACGAGAUUGUAGAGCGAUACACGGGCGUGCACCUGACUUUUGGCCGCGACAAACUAGUCGCCAUCAACGGGAUCGUCCAAAUAAUACAGAAAAGGACGGGUCUGACGCCGUUUGCCGGGCUGUGGCUUGAGUAUCUCCUCGAUGACAUGCUCUGGAAGACGGUACGACCAGAGCUGAUAUCCCGACCAACCGAGUACCAGGCACCGAGCUUUAGUUGGGCGUCGCUCAACGGCCCCGUG